AAAUCCCAGCGCAUGCAGCGCCGAUAAGCAAUAAAUACUCCUUUAAUAAUUUCUCGUGUCAUCUUUAUAUCGAAAAAGAUCGAUCAAACGAGUAGGAGAAGGCAAAGAUUUCGCGGCGAGACAGAGAGGAAGGAAGAAGGAAAGGCAGUAAACAUGGGGAGAUCUUCCACGAUCUCGUGCUUCAAUGUUAUGAUCUGCAGCGGCGAUUCAGCGAGCGACGGCGAUCCCGCAUCGGUGGAGAACAAAGCAUCAUUAGAUAAAGGGAGGUGGAGUUUCCGGAAGAGAUCCUCUAGACAUCUAGUGCAAAGCAAUUCUGUGAUCUCAGAACCCAGUCUUAACACGAAAAUAGCAGAAACCAUGACCAAUGACUUUCAUUCUGAAAAGGAAUCAACUGUUCCAGAAAACCCAACAAUACUAGGGGAGACAAAUGAAAAAUUCCCAUUAUCGGUUGCAGUUGAUUCAGAAGUAGCUGAUACAGUAGUUUCAUCUGUUCCAGAAAGCCCCCCCAGGCUAGAACAUACAAAUGAAACACCUCCAUCACCAGAUGUAAUUGAUUUAGAAGUUUCUGAUUCACUGCCUGCUGCUGAAGUUAGAACCGCCAUUGAUAAUAAUUUCCAGGAAGAUGCUGUUAUUGUCAUCCAGGCUGCAAUCAGGGGAUACUUGGCUCAAAAAGAACUUGAAAAAUGGAAGAAUGUUGUCAAGUUGCAAGCUGCUGUACGUGGUCAUCUUGUCAGGAGACAAGCUGUGGGAACUUUGCGAUGCGUACAAGCCAUCAUCAAAAUGCAAGCACUUGCACAGGCACGCCAUGUACAUCAACUAGAGGAGAAGUUUGCUGCAGAAGGGAAGCUUGAUGAGAAACUCCAGGUUAAUGGUGGCAUGAAAUCAGAUAUAGCAUAUACUUCAAUUGAUAAAUUGCUUUCCAAUGCUUUCGCUCGUCUGCUUUUGGAGUCGAGGCCUAGGAUCAAACCCAUUCAUGUGAGUUGUGAGACUCUGAGUUCUGAUUCAGCAUGGACAUGGUUGGAGAGGUGGAUGACUGUGAUGUCUUCAGAAAUAGGGCAGCAGCAGGAGUUUAAUUUAGAUAAAGAUUAUCAGGGACAGAAGCCAAAGACUAACCUUGCCGCUUCUGAAAUAGUAAAUGUGGUUCCUGAUUCUGUUGCCUCUAUAUCAUCAGAUUCAAAGUCAUCUCCCUGUGAAUCAGCAAACCCAAUGGAAGGUGUAGGGGAUUUAAUAAAGAAAAAUUCUGGUGAAUAUGAAAUUCAUAUUUCUGUAUCUAUUCCUCAUCAAAGCAACAGCUCUGUAGCAAUAGAUGACCAAGAGCAGUCUCCUUAUGAGAGUGAGACAUCAGGCAUGAUAGAAGAGAAUAGUGAAUCAGCAGCCCCAAUUGAAGGUGAAGUAGAUUUAAUAUGUGAAAAUUCUGCUGAAUAUCAAAAAAAUGUUCCUAUAUCAAUUCCAAAUCACGAAAUGAGUUCUGUAGUGAAAAAUGGCCAAGAGCAGUUCCAGUUCGAGGGUGAGACUUCAGGCGAGAUAGAAGAGAAUACGAAAAUUGGGAGAGUUGAGGAGACACUUGAUUCUAUCGCGAGUCAAGUACCAGUGAAAUCAGAUGCAACUUCACUGUCCUUACUUGGUAAUAAUUCUGCCAAGCCUGGAUUUGACAUGGAAAACCUGAAGUGUACUAUUGAAAGGGCAACUUGUGAAUCACCGGAUACCGAAGGAAAAAAGUGUGCAUUAAGGUCAAGAAGGGCAUCAAGUCCGGCAUUUGCUUCUGUACAAUCAAAAUUUGAGGAACUAAGCGCAGUUUCUAGUGUGAGUAGGUCUGUCACUUCUGUUAAUCGUGGUUCUGGAGUUCAGUCUAAACUAGUUCAUCCUAAAGUUGAUUCUUUGAUGAAGACUAAGGAGCUUAGCAUGAUGGAGAACUCAAUAUCUCACUGUCAAGUUAAGAAUUCUGCUUUAGAAUGUGGCACUGAGAUAUCUGUCUCUUCUCCAUUUGACUUGCUAGAAGGAGCUGAAGUUGAUGGCAAGGGUAAUAUACUUGCAAUUGGAGCUGUUGAUGAAGGAAACCAUAAUUUGACUGAUGGUGCUGAUAGUGCAUUAAAUCAUGAAAAUAUCAAUUCUGAAACAAAAUUCCAUCAUUCUGAGUCAGAUGUGCUACAGCCACAAGAACUUAAGGGAAGUGACAACAAUUUGUCCGGUACUGUUAAUGCAGUUGAUUCAGUGCAGGAGCAUCAACUGCCAGCAGAGUCAGCAACAUCAAGUGUUCAGAUUCAAGUUCAAAAUCUAAAACAUACACAAGUUUGUAGUUCAUCCCCAGAGGUUUCUUCCAGAAGCCAUGCAACUGAUUCAGAUCAACACAAGACACCAUCAAGACAGAUCUCAGCAAAAACUAGAACAGCCAAGGCAGGAAACAACAUCCACGCUCAAAAGCAGAGAUCUCAAUUGGCAUGCAAGAACUCACCAUCAAUUCAAAAGAAUGACUCAGGUACAAGAAAAAGCACGGAAUAUCUGCCAAAGGAUGCAAAGAAUGCCAAAGGACACAACACAUUUGGGAUGGCUAAACCUGAUAACAUUGAUCAUGAGUCCAGGGACAGCAGCAGCAUUUCCCUUCCAAGAUAUAUGCAAGCCACUGAAUCUGCAAGGGCUAAGUUUCAUGAUAGUGUUUCUCUGAAAUCAAGCUCAGAUGUCCGAGACAAAGAUGACCACAUGAAGAAGAGACACUCCCUUCCUACUGGGGAUGUGAAGGACUCAUCCCCCCCAGAUGCAGAUGUCAACACCGCAAACACAACAAAAUCUGAAGAGGAACAGCACCCAUUCUCCUCAGGAGUCUGCUGAGAGGAGAUGGCAGAAAUGAUGAGGCUUUGUGAGUACUUUACGACAUGAUCAACCCAUCACCCAUAGAAGACUUGGAGCAAGGUUGUUGAUGGCUGUUUGAGAGUCAUGAUUUUUUGCUCUUCGAGGUGCGGCUUAUGAUGAUGAUGAUGAUGACAGUGUGGCUUAUGCCUGCAGUAUGUGGCAUCACAGAGGAUUACUGAAAAGUCAUGAUUUGUUCAUAUACAUUAACAUUGUGUGAGAGCUUUUGCUCGUAUAUUCAAAUGUUGGCCUUGUUUGGUGUUCGUGUGAGAUAUAAAGAUGGUGUUUGAGAACACUCGAUUCUAUUACUAAUAUAUGAACCUGUGAUGUAAUUUUUCAACAGAGUAUGAAAGUUCUGGGUUUAACAUAUGACAGACAUCUUUCUCCAUUUGCUCUUGUUAUCACGAAGGCAGCUACUGGCUGGGCUCAUGUAAAGGCAACUCUACUUGAUGCGUGAAUCAGAUUUCGGAUCAA